GAAUUCCCUGCUGCUGACCACAGGCCUGGAAACCUCAGGGAACCCCCGAGGUAGAUCAGUGUUGCGGUGCUCAAGAGUGUUUCUGCUCAAACAGGAAAACUCAACGAUUAAAAAGCAACAGCAAGAUGUAUUAGGCUUCUUGGAAGCCAAUAAAAUCGAAUUCGAGGAAAAAGACAUCGCAGCCAACGAGGAGAACCGGAAAUGGAUGCGGGAGAACGUGCCCGAAGACAGUCGGCCGGCGAGCGGCAACCCCCUGCCGCCCCGGCUGUUCAACGACAGCCGCUACCUCGGGGAUUAUGAAGCUUUCUUUGAGGCCCGAGAGAACAACGCCGUGUAUGCGUUUUUAGGCUUGACUGCGCCGCCGGGUUCAAAGGAAGCCGAAGCACUGGCAAAGCAGCAAGCAUGAAUUCCAACUGCCUUAAAUGCUCUGUAAAGGGAAUUUCCACAGCUUUUUAUAAAAUAGUAGAAUUGUCUCUGCUUCAAGAAAAAUAGAUGUGAUUUCUAACAUUUGAUUGGUGCUUGCAGCAUUCACAGAACAUUAAUACAGAUUUGAACACAAAGUGAAAAUGUGAACAUAAAGGUAGAAAGCACAGAGUGUGUUGUUACAAAGUUGGAAGCAUAAGAAAUUGGAGCAAUUAGACAUGAUUGAUUUUUCAGAUAGUUUAAAUUGUCUUGGCAAUUUGUCCAUUUUGUGUAAACUUAAAGAAACUAUUUUAGUACUAUAAAUGCAGAUAUGGUUAUACCUAGAUAUCCAGCUAUUUAAAAAUAAUGGAAGAAAAGAGCAACAGCGUUAAACCUUAUCACUAACUUUAGUGCCUGAGUUGCCUCCAAAAAUAUUACUGAAAUAUACAGUAAUUUUUCAGUGUCUUUUUAGAUUCUGAUUAAAUUGUAGGUGGUGUUGUGUAUUGUAAUAACCAUUGUAGUCUCUUUUGGAAUUGGUGUUUGUUCUUUUGUAGAAUAGAUAUUUAAAACUGUAACACACUGUACAGAUGACAAAAAAAAAGAAGAAGAAUGCCAUGUAUUUCUCCUCUGAAGGAUCCCUGUGGGCUUUUCCUACAAAGAAAGGGGAUUUGGGCAAUGGACAGCCUUUGACCACAUGCUGCCUAGGCACAACUCUGGACAUGUUCGUGUGAACCUCAAGGAGACACACGCCAGCUCCCAGGCAGUGUCACAAAUAAGCCAAAAGGGCCAGCAAUGGCAUUUCCUUACCAGGGUAAGGGUGAAGCCUUUAAUGAAAUUCCUUACAAAAAUACCAGUUCACACUGCAUAUAGGAUUAGAUAGCUUGGUGCAUGUCCUGGUAGUAAUUUGUUGCAUAUAGUAUUUUUUCAAAUGAGAAAGUAAAGUUAAAUGUUUGAAUAGCAGGAACUAUUGUAAUAGGGCGGGCUUUUUUUUUAAGAUUUAAAAACUCAUUUCUGUUGCCAUAUCACAAAGCUAUUACAGGAAUUGCAAACAUACUAAGUGUCUUGUAUUGGUGAGUUUACCACGUGCAAUAUCAGCCUGUCCAUUCUCCCAGUACCCAUCAGAUAGCCUGCAUUUCUUGCCAUAUUCUACAAAAAUCGAAAUAACACAAGUGCCCUGAACAGUGAGAAACGUGUGUGGGUAAUUCAAAAUGCAUUUUGUACCAUGUAAGCUACUUCUUCCCCCAAAGCAACGAAGGACAGUGAAAAAGAUCAUUAGUGUUCAUGUAGUUCGAGGAUCCUUCUGAUGUCUCUGCACAAAUACAUUUCAUUUUGCUCUGCUUUGUUAAGGUAGAGGAGCAGCCUGCAUAGAUCAGGGAAAGGCUGCAGCUACUUGCUUUUGGUMAAGAGAAAGUUCUAGAGAAGAUCAUGAUAAAACUUCCACAGAUGUCAGAGCCAGCAUGACCUAGUCUGAAACCAAGGUAGAUAACGUUUCUUUUUGGUCAUGUGUAGGGUUUUUUUAUUAUUAUUCGGCAGCCUGGAAGUAGGUAUUUGAAACUUGUGCUUACAAGAGCAAGCACAGUAUCAAAAUACAUAGGGGAAGAUUAAUGUUGCCUCAUCUUGAAGAUUAACACAAACAUUUGUGCUUUCUUAUUAACAGACUUGUCAGUAAUUGCUGAAGUUUUGUGGGGUUUGUUUUUAGGAUCUUUUAGGGACCUUCCCUUUGGGGACUCUUACAAGGGGGGAUUACAUUUUUGUAUGCAGUGUGUGAUUUUAAUGAUCCRCUGUGGUUUUGUGAUUCUAAACUGAGGUGACCUUUGCUUUCUUAAUAUGGACAUGAUCUUUCUUUAUGUCCAAACCCACUGGUGAUGUUUUUGAGAAAGUAAGGAAGAAUACUAGGUGAAGCUUUGGGAAGAAAGGGGAAUUCAACACACAGUCACUGUACUCAUGCUAUUCGCUGUGCUUCCUGUGUAAGGAAAGUAUGGCAUAAGUGCUGUGCAUUACAGUCAUUAUGUUGGAGAACUGUAAUUGAAAGCGAAUGCCAGAUUCUGCUGGGUUAGUGACCCAAAAUAGUCUGGAAAAAAAAAGGUCAACUUUUAUUUCUGACAGUCAAGAAAAUCACCAAGUUUAAGAAAGCAAAGUCCCCUCCUCUAGUCCCCUGCUCCUGGCCAUAUGGUAGCAUUCAAACCAUAUCUGCAUUCCUGAGAAAGCUGUCGAGACAGACUGAAUAAUUUCUUUGUCCAGGGAACAAGGCACCAACAGAGACUGAAAAAUACCUAAAAUCUUUCUGUUGUGGGCUGUGUGUAAAAGUCGUAUUUGUUUUGAUGAAGACUUUCUGCAUGAAGAAGUGGUUGGGAUGUGUUCCCUGUAUGCUGCUCCUGUUCUUAGUUUAAUGA